AUGGCAUCAGAACAUCCGAUCCAGAUUCCCGUGCUUCAGGGUCAUGCUCUGUCGAUCACUCCAUCAAUCACUGAGAGACGAGGUGCGAAGUUUGGGGACGCCAAAAGCAUGACAGAGCCAUCGUCAGUUCUCGCUGUAUAUUCUACGGCGGGCUACUAUGUCGACAUUAGAGUAGCAAAAGCGGGUGAUCAGAACAUCUUAGACCUUGCAACAUCUAAUUUGAACGCUCCACUUUCCGAUGAUUUGGAAUGGGCUUUCGCAGGAAAGGUCGAAGUCCGCCUCCCUGAUCAGCAAGAUACCAAAGCGAUCGCCCAGGCGCAUGCGCGUGCCAGAUGGAACCGAAUAAUCGACAGCCAACUGAGUUAUCUACCGGAUGAGACCGACGAAGCUGAUCUUACCUUGCAGCCAGAUGGAAGUAUCUUGGAAGCUGGGGGCUUCCCUAAUCCUACCACAGGCGAGGAGGAACCUUUCCAGGAAAUCUGGUACCUUAUACCCCAGUUGCCUUUGACAGGUAAUUGCGUCGUUUUGAAGGCAGACCAUCAAGAUAUACAUGUCCGUGGACUUAUUGUACGGGUUGGGCAGUGGUGCCAGGGUAUCCUGUAUCGAUCGAAAGAUGACAAAGUUGUGGAGCGGUGGCACCUUGAGGCGCCUGGGAACUGGAUAAGAGAUUUACGGAUCGGUGAAUCCACUGUAUCUUUACCUUGCACAAACACCUUCGCACACCUGGAAAUAGGUGGGACUAUCGAACUGGACGGGAUUACCUGGGUGGUCGUGGAGUGA